UGUCCAUAUUUCCACUCUUAUAAAAGACAUACCUGGAAGGUAUGUAAGCCUAUUUGCGUUUUGGUGUAAAGUCGCUUUCUCGAGUCAUUCGUAUUUACGUUUUAGUUGUUGCAGAUGCCUACUCGAUGGGCAAUUAAUCACGCGAUCGAUUUGAACCAACGAAACAGUCAAGGGGGAAUAAUAGAUAGCUUUACACCAGCACAUAUAGUCAUGAGGUAUAGCAGGUGUAUUUGAAUCUUUUAUGUGACAUUGUUUUACGAAAGAAAACCUCGACUUUUACAUUGAAGGAGAAUGUACCCGCGGACAUUUACAAUAACCCGUAUCGAUGUUGAUGCUAGCUUCACAUCUGCACCCAUCAUAUCAACAAAAUAUGAAAUUAGAAAGUUGUGUGUCGUACAACGGCUAGAUUACUAACACUUUACGGGAUUAAUUGAAAUAAAUGGAUGAAGAAAACAUGUUUAAACUCUUAAUAAAGUUAACCCAAGAUGGACAUAUGUGCAUGAUUAGAAAUAUACUAGAGGGACAAAGUGAAAUUAAGAAAUGUAUAAAUGCACAUUUAGGAAAAUCUGGAGAUACUCUGUUGCACUAUGCGGCGCGACAUGGGCAUUUAGAUAUUCUGAUGUAUUUCGUUGAAAAAAUGGGCAUGGACAUCGAGUUGUACAAUAAUGAUUACAAGAGGGCUUUGCACGAAGCGUCUUCCAUGAGCCAUCGGACAUGCGUUCAAUAUCUUGUAGACAAGGGAGCAAUAAUUGACUGUCUAAAGAAAGCAGAUUGGACUCCUCUCAUGAUGGCUUGCACCAGACGGGACCUUGAAGUUAUCCAAGUGCUUUUGAAUCACGGCGCUAACCCAACUCUUCAGAAUAAGGAUGGCUGGAACUCGUUCCACAUUGCAUGCCGAGAGGGGGAUGCAGCUGUGAUACAGUACCUACUGCUGGUCAGACCUGAGGUGUGGAGAACGGAGAGCAAGACCCGCCGGACACCACUACAUACUGCUGCUAUGCAUGGCUGUCUAGAAGUUGUGGAGAUUCUUCUCAAGAGGUGUGCUUAUAAACCCAAUGAGAGAGACAGCUGUGGAGUUACUCCAUUUAUGGAUGCUGUGAGAAAUGGACAGCUAGCUGUAGCGAAGCUGCUUCUGGAGAGGCACCAAGCCUCGCCCACUGCUGUAGAUAUUCUAGGAGCACAGCCCUUACACCAGGCCUCUGUGACAGCCAAAGAUGAGGCUCUGUGUUUCCUUGUACAGGAUCUCAGCAUAGACGUGAACACAAGAGCCACAAAUCUGGAGCUUACAGCCCUACAUUAUGCUGCUAAGGAGGGUCAUACAAACACUAUAAAAACACUGCUGCAGUUGGGUGCUGAUCUUCAUGCAAAAGAUAAUAAAGGAAGAUCAGCUUUACACAUGGCAUGCAUUGGGCAGCACGCAGCCGCAGCCAGAACUCUACUGCAGCUGGGACUCAUGGAUGCAGUGGACUUCGCGGGUACAACGGCCAGGCAAUAUGGCAAAAAAUCAGAUAUAACCAAGUUGUUUGAUAGCCUUGAAGAGAUACAGCCUUAACAGAUGGUUCUAAAAACACUUAUACUAAAUAGAUUUGCAAAAAGAUCUUUGCAAAUAUAUUUGGAAUAAAUCAAGUGUAGAAAUGUGCAGACUUUUCCUUUUGUUUUCCUUGAGAAAAGCUAUUUCAGCACCACUUCCUAUUUAAGCAAGGGGUCUGAAGAUUUUGAAUGAAAUAAAAUUAAACUGAA